GGUUCGAACUUCACUAUAUAUACUCUUACGCCCUUAUCUUGUAUGUUCAAAACGCAGCAUUUAUUCUUUUCACAAAACUAACAAUGGCUUGUAGCACCACUAUCUCUUCAUCUUUCUGUCUUCUCUUUCUUAUAGGUCUUCUUCUGAGUGUUACAAGUUUAGCCCGGGAACCAUUUGCUUGCGACCCAAAAGAUGCAAUGACAAAAACUUUGCCGUUUUGUCAAGUUUCUUUACCGAUACAGGAAAGAGUGAAGGACCUUCUUGGAAGGCUGAGUUUGAAGGAGAAGGUUGGGCUGCUUGUAAACAAUGCAGCAGCAGUUCCACGCCUUGGAAUCAAAGGAUAUGAAUGGUGGUCUGAGGCUCUUCACGGGGUUUCCAAUGUGGGUCCGGGGACCAAGUUUGGUGGGGACUUUCCUGGGGCCACUAGCUUCCCACAAGUCAUCACAACCGCUGCUUCUUUCAAUGCAACAUUGUGGGAAGCCAUCGGACGGGUUGUGUCAGAUGAAGCAAGGGCGAUGCACAAUGGUGGCGUUGCUGGACUCACGUAUUGGAGCCCAAACGUCAACAUUUUCAGAGACCCAAGAUGGGGCCGUGGGCAGGAGACACCCGGUGAGGAUCCUGUGAUGGCCGGUAAUUAUGCCGCUAGCUACGUUAGAGGACUACAGGGUAAUGACGGUGAGCGGUUGAAGGUAGCUGCUUCUUGUAAGCACUUCACAGCCUAUGAUCUCGAUAACUGGAAUGGUGUUGAUAGAUUCCACUUUAACGCUAAGGUGAGCAAGCAGGACAUUGAGGACACAUUCAAUGUGCCAUUCAAAAUGUGUGUGAAGGAUGGUAAGGUAGCUAGUGUUAUGUGCUCAUACAAUCAGGUCAAUGGUAUCCCCACCUGCGCUGAUCCUAAAAUACUUAAGAACACCAUACGCGGCCAAUGGCGCCUCAACGGGUAUAUCGUUUCGGACUGUGACUCAGUUGGAGUAUACUACAACACUCAACAUUAUACGUCAACACCUGAAGAAGCUGCUGCCGACGCCAUUAAAGCAGGUUUGGAUUUAGACUGUGGGCCUUUUUUAGCAGUUCACACAGAGAACGCUGUGAAAAGAGGUUUGGUGAAAGAGGUUGACGUUGAUAACGCAUUAAUGAACACAAUUACCAUACAAAUGAGGCUUGGCAUGCUUGAUGGGGAGGCAUCUACACAACCAUACGGCAACUUAGGUCCAAAUGAUGUGUGCACCCCGGCUCACCAAGAGCUUGCACUCGAGGCUGCCAGACAAGGCAUUGUUCUUCUUAAAAACCACGGCCCUUCAUUACCUCUGUCCAAUCUUCGUCACCCCACUAUCGCUGUUAUAGGCCCUAAUUCUAAUGUCACUGUUACUAUGAUUGGUAACUAUGCUGGUGUGGCAUGCGGAUACACAACUCCCUUACAAGGAAUAGGGAGAUAUGCAAAGACAAUUCAUCAACAAGGUUGCAAAGAUGUAGCAUGUGGUGAUGAUGAGUCAUUUGGUGCAGCACUUGAUGCAAGUCGUCAAGCGGAUGCAACGGUUCUUGUGAUGGGGCUUGAUCAGUCCGUUGAAGCAGAAGCAAGAGACAGGACAGGGCUGCUGUUACCCGGGCGCCAACAAGAGCUUGUGUCUACAAUUGCCCAAGCCUCAAAGGGCCCAACUAUAUUGGUCUUAAUGUCUGGUGGGCCUAUUGAUGUGUCUUUCGCUAAGAAUGAUGCACGAAUUCAAGCCAUUUUAUGGGCUGGGUACCCGGGCCAAGCUGGAGGAACGGCCAUCGCUGAUAUCUUGUUUGGAACGACCAACCCAGGAGGCAAGCUACCAAUGACAUGGUACCCACAAGAGUAUAUCACAAAUCUACCAAUGACAAAAAUGGCCAUGCGAUCCAGCCCAUCCAAAGGCUACCCUGGAAGAACCUACAGAUUUUACAAAGGUCCAGUUGUGUACCCAUUCGGCCACGGAAUCAGUUACACCAACUUUGUACACACCGUAGCCAGCGCACCCACCGUUGUUGGCGUCCCCCUAUACGGACGCCGGCUCUUCGGAAACAUCACUGUUUCCGGCAAGGCAAUCAAAGUUACACAUGCAAAAUGUAAGGGGCUCUCAUUAGGCAUUCAGGUGGAUGUGAAAAAUAUUGGUUCCAAGGAUGGUUCCCAGGCAUUACUAGUCUACUCAAAGCCACCGGCAGGGCAUUGGGCUCCGCACAAACAAUUAGUGGCCUUUGAGAAAGUGCAUGUUCCUGCUGGCACUCAACAACGAGUUGGAAUUAAUAUUCAUGUUUGCAAAUUUUUAAGUGUUGUGGAUAGGUCUGGAAUUAGAAGAAUUCCAAUGGGUGAACACAGUAUUCAUAUCGCCGAUAUCAAGCAUUCCGUGUCACUUCAACCAGCUACUUAGGGGUUAUCAAAUCUUGAAGUUUACAGUUCAAGGUUCUAGACUUCUGGUUUUAGCAUUUGUAUCCGGGUCUUCCUACAAAAUUCAUGGGCACAUAUAAUUUCAAUUUAAGCAUCAAUUGUAAGAAGAAUAAUUCAUUUUGUUUCUAUUAAUUAGUACUGUGAGUUCCAGUUAUAAAUUGAUUAUGUAAUUAGUGAUUGCAUUGGCCAUUGAGAAGCAGGAUGGGAAAUUCAAGAUAAAGCCGAAGUUUGUGAUC